GGUCUCCAGUCCCAGGCGCGGCGUUCGCUCGGGGCUUCUUCCCAGUUUCCUGCCUCGGAGUCGCCGCGUCCGCCUCAGCCCAGAGCAGUUUGUGCAAUUGAGAAACUCGAUAGGAGGCAGCAGCUGAUCUCCCACCACCCUAAAAAUAAUCCGCUCGGCGCCCGGCGUGCUUCGGCCAGGGGAGGAAAACGCUGCCUUCGGAGUAAGAGUUCUGCGUCCUGCUUUGAAUUUUACACUUAAGACAGUGUAGGAAGCCGGUGUUUCGAAGGUAGUGCAAGUGCACCAGUAGGGGUUUGAAGCAGCGUCAAGCGAUUGCCCAAGGAAAAAAUAUGAUUCGUGACCAUUGGUAAAUCAAUUAUCAAUGAAAGGGAAGAGAGAAAAGAGUAAACUAUAUAAGAAGAAAUGAGCCUUUCAUUCUGUGGUAACAAUAUUUCUUCAUAUAAUAUCUAUGAUGGUGUGUUGCAAAAUCCCUGUUUUGUGGAUGCCCUCAACCUGGUCCCUCACGUCUUCCUGUUGUUUAUCACUUUUCCAAUAUUGUUUAUUGGGUGGGGGAGUCAAAGCUCAAAAGUACAAAUUCAUCACAAUACAUGGCUUCAUUUUCCUGGACACAACCUGAGAUGGAUUCUUACGUUUGCCCUCCUAUUUGUGCAUGUGUGUGAAAUAGCAGAAGGCAUCGUUUCAGAUUCACGGCGAGAGUCUCGGCAUCUCCACCUCUUCAUGCCGGCCGUGAUGGGAUUUGUUGCCACUACAACAUCAAUAGUAUAUUAUCAUAAUAUUGAAACAUCAAAUUUUCCUAAAUUACUUUUAGCCUUAUUCCUGUAUUGGGUAAUGGCCUUUAUCACGAAAACCAUAAAGUUGGUCAAAUACUGGCAGUCUGGUUGGGGAGUAUCAGACCUGCGUUUCUGCAUCACAGGCAUAAUGGUCAUUUUGAAUGGACUCCUGAUGGCCGUGGAGAUCAAUGUCAUUCGCGUCAGAAGAUAUGUGUUCUUCAUGAAUCCUCAGAAAGUGAAGCCUCCUGAAGACCUCCAGGAUCUGGGUGUGAGAUUUCUUCAGCCGUUUGUGAAUUUACUGUCAAAAGCGACCUACUGGUGGAUGAACACGCUCAUCAUAUCUGCUCAUAAAAAGCCUAUUGAUCUGAAGGCGAUUGGAAAAUUACCAAUAGCAAUGAGGGCGGUAACAAAUUAUGUUUGUUUGAAAGAUGCGUAUGAAGAACAAAAGAAAAAAGUGGCCGAUCAUCCAAAUCGGACUCCAUCUAUAUGGCUAGCGAUGUACACAGCUUUUGGGAGACCAAUUCUACUUAGUAGCACAUUUCGUUAUCUUGCUGACUUACUGGGUUUUGCUGGACCUCUCUGUAUUUCUGGAAUAGUUCAACGUGUGAAUGAAACCCAGAAUGGGACAAAUAACACAACAGGAACUUCAGAAACCCUCUCAUCAAAGGAAUUUCUUGAAAAUGCCUAUGUUCUAGCAGUUCUUCUGUUCUUGGCUCUUAUUCUGCAAAGGACAUUUUUGCAGGCUUCCUACUAUGUAACCAUAGAGACUGGCAUUAAUCUCCGUGGAGCCCUGCUGGCCAUGAUAUACAAUAAAAUCCUGCGGCUUUCUACAUCUAAUUUAUCCAUGGGUGAGAUGACCCUGGGUCAGAUCAAUAACUUGGUUGCCAUUGAAACCAAUCAACUCAUGUGGUUCUUGUUCCUGUGUCCCAAUCUAUGGGCUAUGCCUGUUCAGAUCAUAAUGGGCGUGAUUCUGCUCUACAAUUUGCUUGGGUCCAGCGCGUUGGUUGGUGCUGCUGUCAUUGUGCUCCUUGCGCCAAUUCAGUACUUCAUUGCUACAAAGUUGGCAGAGGCUCAGAAGAGCACUCUUGAUUAUUCCACUGAGAGACUGAAGAAAACAAACGAAAUACUGAAAGGCAUCAAACUUCUAAAGUUGUACGCCUGGGAGCACAUCUUUUGCAAGAGUGUGGAAGAAACAAGAAUGAAAGAACUAUCCAGUCUCAAAACCUUUGCUCUUUAUACAUCACUCUCCAUCUUCAUGAACGCGGCAAUUCCCAUAGCAGCUGUUCUUGCUACGUUUGUGACCCAUGCGUAUGCCAGCGGGAACAAUCUCAAACCUGCAGAAGCCUUUGCUUCACUGUCUCUCUUCCACAUCCUGGUCACCCCUCUCUUCCUGCUCUCCACGGUGGUCAGAUUUGCCGUCAAAGCCAUCAUCAGUGUUCAAAAGCUGAAUGAGUUUCUCUUGAGUGAUGAGAUUGGUGAGGACAGCUGGCUGACUGGGGAAGGUUCUCUUCCAUUUGAAUCCUGUAAGAAACACACUGGAGCCCAGCCAAAAACUAUAAACAGGAAGCAGCCUGGAAGGUAUCACCUGGACAGCUAUGAGCAAUCAACACGACGUCUGCGUCCCGUGGAGACCGAGGAUAUCGCAAUAAAGGUCACAAAUGGGUACUUUUCAUGGGGCAGUGGUUUAGCUACCUUAUCUAAUAUAAAUAUUCGAAUUCCAACAGGUCAGUUAACCAUGAUUGUGGGUCAGGUGGGAUGUGGGAAGUCCUCUCUUCUCCUUGCCAUCCUCGGUGAGAUGCAGACACUGGAAGGAAAAGUUCACUGGAGCAAUGUAAAUGAAUCUGAACCUUCUUUUGAAGCAACCAGAAGUAGGAACAGGUAUUCUGUGGCUUACGCAGCUCAAAAGCCUUGGCUAUUAAAUGCUACAGUGGAAGAAAAUAUUACCUUUGGAAGUCCCUUCAACAAACAGAGGUACAAAGCUGUCACAGAUGCCUGUUCUCUUCAGCCGGAUAUUGACUUACUACCAUUCGGAGACCAAACUGAAAUUGGAGAGAGGGGCAUCAACUUGAGUGGGGGUCAGAGGCAAAGAAUCUGUGUGGCCCGAGCUCUCUAUCAAAAUACCAACAUUGUCUUCUUGGAUGAUCCAUUUUCUGCCUUGGACAUUCACUUGAGUGAUCACUUAAUGCAGGAAGGGAUUUUGAAAUUUCUCCAAGAUGACAAGAGGACACUCGUUCUUGUGACUCACAAAUUACAAUAUCUAACACAUGCUGACUGGAUCAUAGCCAUGAAAGAUGGAAGUGUUCUAAGAGAAGGAACUUUGAAGGACAUUCAAACCAAAGAUGUUGAGCUUUAUGAACACUGGAAAACACUUAUGAAUCGGCAAGAUCAAGAACUAGAAAAGGAUAUGGAAGCUGACCAAACAACUUUAGAGAGGAAAACACUCCGAAGAGCCAUGUAUUCAAGAGAGGCAAAAGCCCAACUGGAGGAUGAAGACGAAGAGGAAGAGGAGGAGGAAGAUGAGGAUGAUAACAUGUCCACUGUAAUGAGGCUGAGGACUAAAAUGCCGUGGAAGACCUGUUGGCGGUACCUCACUUCUGGAGGAUUCUUCUUGCUCUUCCUGAUGAUUUUCUCUAAGCUUUUGAAGCAUUCUGUCAUUGUAGCUAUAGACUACUGGCUGGCCACAUGGACCUCAGAGUACAGUAUAAACAAUACUGGAAAAGCUGAUCAGACCUACUAUGUGGCUGGAUUUAGCAUACUUUGUGGAGCAGGUAUUUUCCUCUGCCUUGUUACAUCUCUCACUGUGGAAUGGAUGGGUGUCACAGCUGCCAAAAAUCUUCACCACAAUCUCCUCAAUAAGAUCAUUCUUGGACCAAUAAGAUUCUUUGAUACCACACCACUGGGACUGAUUCUCAAUCGCUUUUCAGCUGAUACAAAUAUCAUUGAUCAGCAUAUCCCUCCAACUUUGGAAUCUCUAACUCGCUCGACACUGCUCUGCGUGUCUGCCAUUGGCAUGAUUUCUUAUGCUACCCCUGUGUUCCUGGUUGCACUUGUGCCUCUUGGGGUCGCCUUUUAUUUUAUCCAGAAAUACUUCCGCGUGGCCUCUAAGGAUCUCCAGGAACUUGAUGAUACUACCCAGCUCCCUCUGCUUUGCCACUUCUCAGAAACCGCUGAAGGACUCACCACUAUUCGGGCAUUUAGGCAUGAAACCAGAUUUAAGCAACGAAUGCUGGAACUGACAGACACGAACAACAUUGCCUACUUAUUUCUCUCAGCUGCCAACAGAUGGCUAGAGGUCAGAACGGAUUAUCUGGGAGCUUGCAUUGUUCUCACUGCAUCAAUUGCAUCCAUUAGUGGGUCUUCCAAUUCUGGAUUGGUGGGCUUAGGUCUUCUGUAUGCACUUACGAUAACCAAUUAUUUGAAUUGGGUUGUGAGGAACUUGGCCGAUGUGGAGGUCCAGAUGGGGGCAGUGAAGAAAGUGAACAGUUUCUUGACUAUGGAGUCUGAGAACUAUGAAGGCACCAUGGAUCCUUCUCAAGUUCCAGAACACUGGCCUCAGGAAGGGGAGAUCAAGAUUCAUGAUCUGUGUGUCAGAUAUGAAAAUAAUCUGAAGCCUGUUCUUAAACACGUCAAGGCUUACAUCAAACCUGGGCAAAAGGUGGGCAUAUGUGGUCGCACUGGCAGUGGAAAGUCAUCGUUAUCUCUGGCUUUCUUCAGAAUGGUUGAUAUAUUUGAUGGAAAGAUUGUCAUUGAUGGGAUAGACAUUUCAAAACUGCCGCUGCACACACUACGUUCUAGACUUUCAAUCAUUCUGCAGGAUCCAAUACUAUUCAGCGGUUCUAUUCGAUUUAAUUUAGAUCCAGAGUGCAAAUGCACGGAUGACAGACUUUGGGAAGCUCUAGAAAUUGCUCAGUUGAAGAAUAUGGUCAAAUCCCUACCAGGAGGUCUAGAUGCAGUUGUCACUGAAGGUGGGGAGAAUUUUAGCGUUGGACAGAGACAGCUGUUCUGCCUUGCCAGGGCCUUUGUCCGCAAGAGCAGUAUUCUCAUCAUGGACGAAGCGACAGCUUCCAUCGACAUGGCCACAGAAAACAUUUUGCAGAAAGUGGUAAUGACAGCUUUUGCAGACCGCACCGUUGUUACAAUAGCUCAUCGGGUUCACACUAUUCUGACGGCAGACCUAGUUAUUGUGAUGAAGCGAGGAAAUAUUUUAGAAUAUGACACUCCAGAAAGCCUCUUGGCCCAGGAAGAUGGAGUAUUUGCUUCUUUUGUUCGUGCAGACAUGUGAAGGAAUGUCUUAAAACCAUACGUGUAUUUAAAAUAAUGCUGUCAUAACCUACUUAAAGGAUCAUCAGCUUGGCCUUUGGAAAGUGGCAUCUUAAACUUUUAUAUGCUUUUGUGAAGCUUACUUGUUAUGUUGUGGAAUUUUGUAGUUA